AUGAAGAUAUUCAGAUGUUGUUUUAAAUACCUCCUACAGCAGAAAGUUUUCAUCCUGUUUUUAACCCUGUGGCUGCUCUCCUUGUUGAAGCUUCUAAAUGUAGGAAGACUCCUCUUCCCUCAGAGAGGCAUUUACCUGGUCGAGUACUCGCUAAGCACCUCCCCCUUUGUGAAGAACAGAUACACCCACGUGAAAGGUGAAGUCAGGUAUGAAGUCAACUGUUCGGGUAUCUAUGAACAGGAGCCUUUGGAAAUUGGCAAGACUCUGGAAAUAAGAAGAAGAGACAUCAUCGACUUGGAAGAUGAAGAUGUUGUGGCAAUGACCAGUGAUUGUGAUGUUUAUCAGACCCUGAGAAGAUACCAUCAAAAGCUUGUUUCAAGGGAGGAGAAAAGCUUCCCAAUAGCCUAUUCUUUGGUUGUUCAUAAAGAUGCAAUUAUGGUUGAAAGGCUGAUCCAUGCUAUAUACAACCAGCACAAUAUUUACUGCAUCCAUUAUGACCUGAAGUCACCUGACACCUUCAAGGUUGCCAUGAAUAAUUUAGCUAAGUGCUUCUCCAAUAUUUUCAUUGCUUCCAAAUUAGAGACUGUGCAAUAUGCCCAUAUUUCCAGACUCCAAGCUGAUUUAAAUUGUUUGUCAGACCUUCUCAAGUCUUCAGUUCAAUGGAAAUAUGUUAUCAACCUGUGUGGGCAAGACUUCCCUUUGAAGUCAAACUUUGAAUUAGUGUCAGAGCUGAAGAGACUCAAUGGAGCAAAUAUGUUGGAGACAGUGAAACCCCCAAGCAGUAAAAUGGAAAGAUUCACUUAUCACCAUGAACUCAGACAGAUGCCUUACGAAUAUGUGAGGCUACCAGUGAGGACAAACAUCUCGAAAGAAGUCCCCCCUCAUAACAUUGAGAUAUUUGUCGGCAGUGCUUAUUUUGUUUUAAGUCGAGCAUUUGUUAAGUUUAUUUUCAACAGCUCCCUCGUUAAAGACUUUUUUGCCUGGUCUGAAGAUACAUACUCACCUGAUGAGCAUUUUUGGGCUACGUUAAUUCGGGUACCAGGAAUACCUGGGGAGAUUUCUCGGUCAGCCCAGGAUGUGUCUGACCUACAGAGUAAGACUCGCCUUGUCAAAUGGAAUUAUCACGAAGGCCUUUUCUAUCCCAGUUGUACGGGUUCUCACCUCCGAAGUGUGUGUAUCUUUGGAGCAGCAGAAUUAAGGUGGCUUAUCAAAGAUGGACAUUGGUUUGCUAAUAAAUUUGAUUCUAAGGUAGACCCUGUCUUGAUUAAAUGCUUGGCAGAAAAACUUGAAGAACAACAGAGAGAGUGGAUCGCAUUGUCUUCAGCAAAGUUAUUUAUGGAUAAAAAUCCCACAAUCACAACAUGA